CUCCUCUUCGGCACUACAUUCGAACAGCAGAGAGCUCAAAAGCGACUGAGAAAAGUAGUGAGACGGAAGGACGGCAAGUCAACAAACCGCAUUGUCACUUCUUCAGCGAGCUUUUUGAACGGCAACUUCUUCUUUUUAAAAAAAAAAAAGUUUGAUCCAUUGUAGAAUUUGAGAAGGACAAAAUGAUGAGCAAAGUGAUCCUCAGUGCUUUGGUGGUCCUAAUGGCUUCUGUGGCCAUCAGUGAAGGAAUGGCUCUGAGAAGCUUGGGAGUGGAGCUGCACUGCCGCUGCAUCCAGACGGAGAGCAGACCCAUCGGCCGCCACAUCGAGAAGGUGGAGCUGAUUCCCGCCAACUCCCACUGCGAGGAGACCGAGAUCAUUGCUACACUUAAAAAGACCGGCCAGGAGGUGUGCCUCGACCCCCAUGCUCGCUGGGUGACGAGAGUCAUUGAGAGGAUCAUUGAGAACAGCAAAAGACGCUGAGCGGCCGUGCAAAGGGGGACGAAUUCUCCACGAGCUGCUUUCACAAAAACUUGAACAAGUACCCAAAAGUGUUCAUUUGAUCAAGGACUCGCCUUCUUUGAAAACAGAGGAGAACAGCUUACUUGAAAACUGUAUGAAGCUGUCGACAGGCAAAAUUGUUUGUAUCAAACGUUAUUUAUUUUCCAGUACGCACUUGUUUGAUCAUUCACGCUGUCUGCCUUUUCACUCCAGCUGAGCGGCUAUCAACUGUUACUAUUGUUAUUGCUUUAACUUAUGCUCAAUAUAUUUAUUGUAUUUAUGAAGUUUUUAUCCAUCUGAAUGCAAUUGUUGUAUUUUUUUCCCCAACACCUUGUCAAUGAAUAAAACAAUGAAGUCAAA